UGCGCGAUGGUGGUGCCUGAUCUGGAGCUCAUCUGCGAGAUCAUGCUGGUGGCGGAAGGCUUCAUCGAGGCGAAGGUCCUCGCGCGGAAGUUCAUUACUCUCUACCGCCUUUGCCGCGAGUUGCUAUCUAACCAAAGCCACUACGACUGGGGCCUGAGAGCGAUCAAGAGCUUGCUUGUAGUGGCCGGGUCUUUGAAGCGCGACGACCCUGAGCGUCCUGAGGACCAGGUACUGAUGCGAGCCCUCAGGGACUAUAACGUGCCCAAGAUCGUUUCGGAUGACGUGCCCGUGUUCAUGGGCCUCAUCGGGGACCUCUUCCCCGCCCUGGACGUUCCCCGCAAAAAGGACCUUGACUUCGAGAAGGCCGUCAAGCAAGCGGCGGUCAAUCUCAAGCUGCAACCAGAAGACAGCUUCAUUCUGAAGGUGGUGCAGCUGAAGGAGCUCCUGGAGGUGCGUCACAGCGUGUUCAUCAUCGGGCAGGCGGGCACGGGCAAGACGCAGGUGUGGCGCACGCUCUUCAGGACGACGCAGAACAUGAAGAAGAAGCCCGUGUGCUACGACUUGAACCCGAAGGCUGUGACGACGGACGAGCUCUUCGGCUACAUCAACCCCGCAACCAGGGAGUGGAAGGACGGGCUUUUCUCCAGCCUGAUGCGCGACCAAGCCAACAUGGCUGGCGACGCUCCCAAGUGGAUCAUCCUGGAUGGCGACAUCGACCCCAUGUGGAUCGAGUCCCUCAACACGCUCAUGGACGACAACAAGAUCCUGACGCUGGCCAGCAACGAGCGCAUUUCGCUGACGCCGCAGAUGCGCCUCCUGUUCGAGAUCAGCCACCUGCGCACGGCCACCCCGGCCACCGUGUCUCGCGCCGGCAUCAUCUACCUGAACCAGGGCGACCUGGGCUGGAACCCAUACGUCACCAGCUGGAUCGACAGCCGUGAGGUCCAGAGCGAGAAGGCCAACCUCAUGGUCCUGUUCGACAAGUACAUCCCGACUUGCCUGGAGAUCAUGCGAGUCCGCUUCAAGAGGAUCACGCCCAUGCCCGAGAUCACGCACCUCAUGAUGCUGUGUCAGCUCCUGGACUGCCUCCUGACGCCGGAGAGCGUGCCUCCUGACAGCCCCAAGGAGGUCUACGAGCUGUACUUCGUGUUCGCCGCCGUGUGGGCCUUCGGGUCGGCGCUCUACCAGGACGGAAACAUCGACUAUCGCGUUGAGUUCAGCAAGUGGUUCCAGCUGGAGUUCAAGACGGUCAAGUUCCCGUCUUCAGGCACCGUCUUCGACUACUGCAUCGAGAAGGAAAACCUUCGCUUCACGCCCUGGUCGGAGAAGAUCCCCAAGUUCGAGCUCGAUCCCGACACGCCGCUGCAGUCCAUGAUGGUGCACACGAGCGAGACUGUGCGCCUCAAGUUCUUCAUCGACCUCCUGAUGCACAAGCGCCACCCCGUCAUGCUGGUGGGCACCUCCGGCUGCGGCAAGUCGGCGCUGCUCAACGAGAAGCUCAACUCUCUGUCGGAGGAAUACGCCGUGUGCAACGUCCCCUUUAACUACUACACUACCUCAGAGCUGCUGCAGCGCGUGCUGGAGAGACCUCUGGAGAAGAAGGCCGGGAAGAACUACGCUCCUCCGGGGAACAAGAAACUCGUCUACUUCAUCGACGACAUCAACAUGCCCAUGGUUGACCAGUACGGCACGGUGCAGCCCCACACGCUCAUCCGGCAGCACAUGGACUACGGCCACUGGUACGACCGCACCAAGCACACGCUCAAGGACAUCCACAACGUGCAGUACGUGGCCGCCAUGAAUCCCACAGCAGGAUCCUUCACCAUCAAUCCUAGGCUCCAGCGCCACUUUAAUGUCUUCGCUGUCAGCUUUCCCUGCAUGGAGAGUCUUAACUUAAUAUAUUCAUCGCUUCUGGAUCAACACCUGAAGAGCUCCUCCAUGAAGUUCAACCCAACUCUCACUCGGAUGACGGAGCCCAUGGUACAGGCCGCCCUCCAGCUGCAUCAGAAAGUCGCCGCUACUUUCAUGCCAACAGCUACCAAGUUCCAUUACAUCUUUAACCUACGGGAUCUUACCAACAUCUUCCAGGGCCUCCUCUUCUGCACGGGCGAGACGGUGAAGGCGCCCAUCGAGCUCCUCCGCUGCUGGCUGCACGAGACCCAGCGCGUGUACGGCGACCGCCUCCUGGAGGAAAAGGACCUGGAGAUGCUGACCAAACUCCAGGUCGAUGUUACUAAGAAGAUCUUCGAGGAACUGGACGAGACGGAGGUCAUGGCCAAGCCCAACGUCUUCUGCCACUUCGCCCGCGGCAUCGGGGAGCCUCGGUACCUCCCCAUCAAGUCGUGGGUCGACCUCAACGCCAUUUUGCAGGACGCUCUCACGACCUACAACGAGCUAAACGCUGCCAUGAACCUCGUGCUCUUCGAAGACGCCAUGGCGCAUGUGUGUCGAAUCAACCGCAUCUUGGAAUGCCCACGUGGAAACGCCCUCCUGGUGGGGGUGGGGGGCUCGGGCAAGCAGUCCCUCGCCCGUCUCGCCGCCUUCAUCUCCGGGCUCGAGGUGUUCCAGAUCACCCUCACCAAGGAAUACAGCAUCCAGGAACUCAGGAGUGACCUCGCGAACCUGUACGUGCGUGCCGGACUGAAGAACCUGGGCACGGUGUUCCUCAUGACCGACGCCCAUGUCCCCGACGAGAAGUUCCUCGUGCUGAUCAACGACCUCCUGGCCUCGGGGGAGAUCCCUGACCUCUUCCCCGAGGACGAAGUGGAAAACAUCGUGUCUUCAGUGAGGAAUGAGGUCAAGAGCACAGGUCAGCAGGAUACGCGCGACAACUGCUGGAGGUUCUUCAUCGACCGAGUGAGGAAGAACCUGAAGAUGGUCUUGUGCUUCUCGCCCGUCGGGUCCGCUCUCAGAGUGCGAGCUCGGCAGUUCCCCGCCAUCAUCAGCUGCACAACCAUUGACUGGUUCCACGAAUGGCCGCAAGAGGCGCUGGUGUCCGUUUCGGAAACAUUCCUCGGAACUCUUGAAUAUCUUCCUGAAUCCCUGCGAGGCUCUGUGUCCAAGUUCAUGGCGCACGUCCACACGUCCGUGAACGACAUGAGCAGAGUCUACCUGACCAACGACCGCCGCUACAACUACACGACGCCCAAGACCUUCCUGGGCUUCAUUUCGCUCUACACGAAGCUCCUCUCGGCCAAGCACCAGGAACUCCAGGCCAAGAUCGAGAGGCUGCAGAACGGCCUGCAGAAGCUCAGGACGACUUCCACGCAGGUGGACGAGCUCAAGGCCAAGCUCGCCGUCCAGGAGGUGGAACUUCAGAAAAAGAACGACGAAGCCGAUAAACUGAUUCGUAUCGUAGAGGCCGAGACAGCCAAGGUGUCGAAGGAAAACGAAAUUGCCAACGAAGAGAAACGGAAGGUCGCCAUCAUCGAAGCCGAAGUGGCCAAGCGACGGAAGGAGUGCGAGGAGGACCUGGUUAAGGCAGAACCUGCACUCGUUGCGGCAAAGGAAGCACUCAACACACUCAACAAGGCAAAUCUCACAGAGCUGAAGUCCUUCGGGUCACCUCCUUCGGGCGUGGACAGAGUGACUGCAGCCGUGAUGGUGCUGCUGGCCCCCAACGGCAAGAUUCCAAAGGAUAGAUCUUGGAAAGCGGCCAAGGUGAUGAUGGCAAAGGUGGACCAGUUCUUGGAUCAACUCAUUAACUACGACAAGGAAAACAUUCAUCCAGAUAUCAUCAAGAAUAUAACACCUUACUUGGAGGACAAUGAAUUCAACCCAGACUUCAUCCGUUCAAAGUCUGUUGCUGCUGCAGGUCUGUGUUCGUGGGUCAUCAACAUCAUCAGUUACUACGAGGUGUACUGCGACGUGGAGCCCAAGCGACGCGCCCUGGAGGACGCCAACAACGAGCUGGCUGCGGCCCAGAGUCGCCUCACCGCCAUCAUCUCCAAGAUCAAGAGCUUGGAGGAACAGCUAGCACGACUUCAGGCAGAGUUCGACAAGGCGACAGCCGAGAAAAUGAGGUGCGAGAAGGAAGCGAACAGCACCGCCCACACCAUCGCCCUCGCCAACCGCCUGGUGGGAGGCUUGUCCUCAGAGAAGAUCCGCUGGGCUGAAGCCGUGGCGCAGAUGCACAUUUCGGAGAAGACCUUACCCGGGGACAUCCUACUGGUGGCUGCCUUCAUCUCCUACGUCGGUUGUUUCACGAAGCACUACAGACGCGAUCUCAUGGAUAAGAUGUGGCUUCCUCUCCUGCAGAAGCUCAACCCCGUGAUCCCCAUCACGCACAACCUGGACCCGAUCAAGCUCCUGACGGACGACGCGACGAUCGCCGGCUGGAACAACGAGGGCCUCCCGUCCGACCGCAUGUCCACCGAGAACGCCAUCAUCCUCACCAACUCCGAUCGAUGGCCGCUCAUUAUCGACCCGCAGCUCCAGGGCAUCAAGUGGAUCAAGGCGAGGUACGGCGAACAGCUGAUCGUGGUGCGCCUCGACCAGAAGAACUCCAUCGACGUCCUGGAGGCCGCCAUCACCCGGGGCGAGACCGUCCUCAUCGAGAACCUCCCGGAGAGCCUCGACCCCGUGCUCGACCCGCUCAUCGGCAAGAACCUUAUCAAGCGCGGCAGAGCACUGAAAAUCGGCGACCGGGAAAUCGAAUACAACGACACGUUCCAGCUGAUCCUCCACACCAAGCUGGCCAACCCGCACUACAAGCCCGAACUGCAGGCGCAGUGCACCUUGAUCAACUUCACGGUGACGCGCGACGGCCUCGAGGACCAGCUGCUGGCGGAGGUCGUCAAGGCCGAGAGGCCAGACCUGGAGGAGCUCAAGUAUAACUUGACAAAGCAACAGAACGACUUCAAAAUUCAGCUGAAGCACUUGGAAGACGACUUGCUGAGCCGCCUGUCGUCCGCCGGAGGAAACUUCUUGGGAGACACGGCCUUGGUGGAGAAUCUGGAGCACACGAAGGCCACGGCGCAGGAGAUUCAGGAAAAGGUCGCCGAAGCCCGCAACACGAGCGCGCAGAUCGACGAGGCCCGCGAGCUCUACCGGCCCGCCGCCGCCCGAGCCUCCCUCUUGUACUUCAUCCUCAACGACCUCCACAAGAUCAACCCCAUCUACCAGUUCUCUCUUAAGGCGUUCCGAGUGGUGUUCCAGCAGGCCAUCGAGCGCUCGGAGGCGAACGACGAGGUGCGGCUGCGCGUGAACGCCCUCAUCGACACCAUCACGUACAGCGUGUUCCUCUACACCACCAGAGGACUCUUCGAGAAGGACAAGCUCAUCUUCGCCGCCCAGAUGACCUUCCAGGUCCUUGCCUCCCAGGGUGAGGUGGGCGCCAUCGAGCUGGACCUUCUGCUUCGGUUCCCGAUUCAGCCGAACGUGGUUUCGCCCAUCGACUUCAUCACCAACAACAACUGGGGCGCGAUUCGCUCCCUCUCGCAGGUCGACGAAUUCAGGAAUCUUGACCGCGACCUGGAGAACAGCGUGAAGCGAUGGCGUAUGUAUUGCGAGUGCGAGGCGCCCGAGAAGGAGAAGCUGCCGGGGGAGUGGAAGGGCAAGUCGGACGUGCAGCGGCUGGUCAUCAUGAGGGCACUGCGUCCUGACCGCAUGACGCAUGCCAUGCAGCUGUUCAUCGAGGAGCGGAUGGGGAGGAAGUACGUGGAGGGCGAGAACAUCGACUUCUCGCAGAGCUACGAGGAGAGCGGGCCGUCCACGCCGAUCUUCUUCAUCCUCUCCCCCGGCGUCGACCCUCUCAAGGACGUCGAGCGUCUCGGGUACAGCCUGGGCUACACCUGCGAGAACCGGCGUCUGCACAACGUGUCGCUGGGCCAAGGGCAGGAGAAGGUGGCAGAGGAGGCCAUCCAAAUCGCAGCCAAGGAGGGACAUUGGGUCAUCUUGCAGAACAUUCAUCUGGUGAGACAAUGGCUUCCGCGACUGGAGAAGAAGCUAGAAAUCCACGCGGACGGAGCUCACCAAGAGUACAGGGUCUUUAUGAGCGCUGAGCCUGCAAGCAAGCCCGAGAACCACAUCUUGCCACAGGGUAUCCUGGAGUCCGCCAUCAAGAUCACCAACGAGCCGCCUCGGGGCAUGCAAGCCAACCUCCACAAGGCGCUCAACAACUUCACGCAGGAGACGCUCGAGAUGUGCUCCAAAGAGGCCGAAUUCAAGUCCCUCUUGUUCUCUCUAUGUUACUUCCACGCAUGCGUCGCGGAGAGGAGAAAGUUCGGGUCGCAGGGAUGGAACAGACCCUACCCCUUCAACACCGGCGACUUGACCAUCAGCGUGAACGUCCUAUUCAACUACCUGGAGGCGAACAGCAAGGUUCCCUGGGAGGACCUCCGCUACCUCUUCGGGGAGAUCAUGUACGGGGGCCACAUUACGGACGACUGGGACCGCAGGCUGUGUCGCACGUACCUCGAGGAGUUCCUGCACCCAGACCAGCUGGAUGGAGAGCUGAACCUCGCGCCAGGCUUCCCAGCGCCCCCCAACUUGGACUACUCGGGCUACCACAGCUACAUAGACACGUGUCUCCCCCAAGAAUCACCCCACCUGUACGGCCUCCACCCCAACGCCGAGAUCGGCUUCCUCACCAUGACGUCGGAGCACCUCUUCAAGACGGUGUUCGAGCUCCAGCCGCGAGACAUGGGGAACACAAGCGGCGUCGUCAUCACAAGGGAGGAUAAGGUGAAGCAGACCCUGGACGAGAUCCUGGAGAAGCUGCCCGAGGAGUUCAACAUGUCCGACAUCACGGGCAAGGUGGAGGAGCGGACGCCCUACGUCGUGGUCGCCUUCCAGGAGUGCGAGCGGAUGAACCUCCUCAUCCGCAUCAUCCGGAUGUCUCUCAAGGAGCUCGACUUGGGCUUCAAGGUAAGAGGGAGUCUCUGUUUUUUUUCAUUAUUAAACUACUAUGUUUUAAUGUCUACAUCCUUAUUUAUAUGUUCGUUCCUAUAUACUAAAGUAUGCCGGUAACAGGGACGUGUGAAGAAACUGAGUAGUAGGUAAGUAGCAAGUAUAAUAUUAAAGUACGUCGAAACGCCCGAAAUAUUCCAUUAUUAAAAAAGAAAAAAAAAAUCGGAAACGUAUAAUCAAAUGGAUUAAUUACAACUGUCUUAGGGGGAGUUGAAA